UCUGUGGGACCUAGCAACAGCCGAACCUUGUAAAGACUUGUCAAACACAAAGUCAGGACGGGGGCUCUGAAAUCUGGGUCCCAUUGUGGCAAAGUGACACCUCCUGCACCCACUCUUACAAGUACAUGUACACCCUUGAUUUCGAAGUCUGCUUUAUUGAAGAGGAACAGAGUGAAACUCAGGGUGGAGUUGGUUCCCUUUGGAGAUGAAAGACUUCGCUCUAUCGCUGCUGAGUCGAGGGUGUGGCCAUGUGGUCCGGACACAGGUGGACAGCCAGAGUGGGAGGAUUGAAGUCUGCUUUGAACCUGAGGACUAUUUUAACUGGAAGUCCAGCCAUCCGCUGCUUCGCUUGUCUGAAAGUGGAAGGAUACGAUGUGGGGCAGAGCCUGCACCCCCGAAAACCUACAGCACCAGGAAGGGGCCACUUUUACUGUACUCUGCCGAACUGGCCCUGCCUCGCAAACCAGAGGACGCGAGCAGGAAGAGGCGUGGCAGCCAGCAUUCCGUACAAGAAGUGCAACUUCAGCUGCGCACACUAAGGGAUCUGACUGGGGCUAUCUUGGCUUAUGACAAAAAGCAGCCACAGGAUGCCAAUAAUGUUGUGGAUGCUCAACCAUGCCCGCCUCUCUCCCCUGGUUCCCCACUGGUUCCCCCUGUCACUCAACUGAGCCAAACCUGGCACCCUCCAACCUCACCGUGUGACCCAAAAAAUCCUGAAGGAGGAAAUGACACUAAAGACCCGGGAUUAGUCAACUGCUUUCCUGCUCCACCUGAUUCUGGGCAAAUACCAUGCAGUGAGCAUUCAGCUCAGCGCCAACCAACUCAAUGCCUUAGUUCUACAAGUAUCAUCUAUGACCACUCCAAGGAUCAGCCAGUUGCUCCAAACCCCAGCCCAUGUGACUGUGAGGAUGAGACAGGCUUCCUCUUCCUCCACCCAAGACCCUACACAGUACCCCAAAGCCGCCUACCUCCUAUUCCUGAGGGCAUAGUCAAGAACUGGGUGGAUAGCCAUCUCACCUCAACAGAAAACCAAAGGGUCCCCCAGGCAGGAGAUGUAGAAGACCACAAGGAGACCAAGAACCUAUGCCUCAGGAUUGUGGUGGACUCACCCAGAGUUCAAGUGAACCCCAUCUCGGAAACAGGGAAGACAGAUUGGGGGUUGAAUUCAAGAAACAUCAGGAAUCAUCAAGAAGGCCCAGUCCUACAUGAUGUGACAUGCUACCCUAAGUACCUAGGUGCUCAUGGGAAUUGUAGUGCUACUGGGGCUGGGGAAGUUGGAGAGGGGCCCUGUCCAUUGAAGACAGCCUUUGUGGACUCCUCCUGGAGUUGCAGCCGCCUUUCUCGUGUCACCUACUAUGGGGGUCACCUUAAUGGUACCCGGCUAGGAACCAACUAUGUCCUGGACCAGAAAGGAGGUGCUGCCCCUGACUCCUGCUCCUUUUCCACCCUGCACCUCCCCCCUGUGCCAUCCGGACCCCUACUGAAGCCAAUACCACUUAUUUGGUCAGGCCCAGAUAAAGGAGCAAUGAAGCCUGUGGGUCCACCAGGGCUAGAAAAGCAGGGCGGGACAGUGCGUCUGCCUCCACUGGGUGACUCUAAUAUCAGCACAGGGGCACCCACUCUCACACGUGCACACAGUCCAGGGGCCCUCAGACCUCCGCAAAGCCCUGAGGACCCUCACCACCGCCGCCCACAGAGAGAACUGCCCAGAAAGAUAUUAUUGCUGCCACUACUCGAACACGGUCAGAGUCAGAAGGCUGACAUGCUGAGGCAGCAUGGUGGUUGCCAUGAUACCCAAGCUAUGGAUGGGAAGCAGGGUUUCUGUGAAGAAUUUGGACAGGAAAAGGAGACUGCUAUGACCGGAUGUACCAACAGGGGGUCCAGUCCAACUCCAGCCAUGCAGCCCAAAAACAGGGUAUCCAGUCCCACUCCAUCCACCGAGGCCAAAAACAGGGUGUCCAGUCCCAUACCUACCAUACAACCCAAAAACAGGGCAUCCAGUCCCACACCAGCGAUCCAACCCAAAAACAGGAUGUCCAGCCCCACACUAGUCAUCCAAUCAAAAAUCAGGACGUGCAGCCCCAUACCAGCCAUCCAACCAAAAAACAGGGCGUCCAGUCCCACACCAGUCAUCCAAUCAAAAAACAGAGUGUCCAGUCCCACACCAGUCAUCCAAUCAAAAAACAGGGCGUCCAGUCCCAUACCAGCCAUCCAACCAAAAAACAGGGCAUCCAGUCCCAUACCUGUCAUCCAACCCAAAGAGCUCAACCUUGACAGUCUUGGUCUGCUGGAAUCAGGGAAAGAGGACUUCCCUUCCCUGGGUGUGCUUCCUCCUCUGGGUGGGCGAAAGGGUCCUGGGAAACAGAGUUCCAUGGCCUUAUUCAGACAGGACCUCACUGAUCCCCAUGACUGCUGUGAUCCAGACAACCUUCAGACUGCAGUUGUCCGUGGAACUCUCCCGGUGGAACUGAGAGAAUUUCAGAAAGGCAGUGCUGUGGGUACCCUCAUCAUGGGCCCUGAUGGCGAGAUAAUACAACUGUCCUUCUGGGGUUCUGCUGCUGACACCAAUGACCAGCAGCUACUUGAUGACAUCACAAUAGGAAGAGGACUCAAUGCCUCAGAAGUGAUGCAGGGUCAGCCCUGGGCCCUUCUACUGCAAACAGACACAGGAACUUUGGUCAGUAAUUCUUUUGGUCACCAAGCCAAUAUGAACCAAUCUGCCCUGAACAAACAGGAUGGUGUUGGGGGAGAACUCCCUCAUGGCCAACAGGGGGCAGAAGAGAGUUAUGGCUCAUAUUUAGUCUGUGAGGAGCAGUGUUCCCUCCCUAAGAGGCCCAGAGAGAUGGGCCCUGUUUCUGACUUCUCCCGUCACACCACAGACCAGCAGGGUGAGGAAGGGAUAGAGGGAACAUGGGAUCUUCAGCCUGGGCCCCUGGGCCUGGGUCAGAAAAGUUCGAAGGGACCACUGCCCAGAGAGGAGGGCCACAGCUCUGACCCCUCAGCAUCAGCACUCUCUACUGGUGAAGGGAACACAACAGGAGCCUUUUUGUCCAAUAAACAGUCUGCUAACACAACAGCUGGAGCCAUGAGUGGAGGGAAAGGUCAGUCCAGUCAAGAACUGGUUAAAACAAACUUUGCUGCGGAUGCUAAAGAGGCCAAGAGGAAUAGAUUGGAGCAACAGGAAGAAGCUGACACCAGAAACAGGGAAGAGGCAGAAGGGGAGCAGUCUUUCGGAAAGACAUCGACUGAGGGUAAAAGGAAAGAGAAAGGAUUGAAAGAGAAACCACAGAAUGUUUCAGGUUCACAGGCAAGGGAGAAGCGGAAGGGCAAGCAACGUGCAGCGUUUGUUGUUGGAAAAGUGCGGGAGAAUGCUUUGGAGAGAUUGACAGAGGACAGGAUGAACAGGCCUGCAGAUGUACUGAAGAAGCUGGAUGGGGUGAUCUCUGAUGGGGGUGCGAAAGACAAGGAUCCAGGGAAGCAGCGUGGGGCUUCCAGCACAACGCUGGGGGGGAGCAUUAAUGAUGGUGACUCACCAGGGGUGAAGUUAAACGCCUCUGUGUCACAAAGCAGCAGGGCGUUGGGCUCUGGCAGACUGAGCUCUUCUGAUUCGGCCUGCUGUGAACAUACUGACACCCCUGCUGCCUCCAGAAUGAAGAGCCAGUCUGCGGUUUCCAUGAUGAGGGGCCAAUCAUCGACUGCUUCUAUGAUGAAGGGCCAAUCACCUGCUGGUUCUAUAAUGAACAGCCAAUCACCUGCGGUUUCCAUGAUGAAGAGCCAAUCACCUGCUUUUUCUAUGAUGAAUUUGCAAUCACCUACUGUCUCCUUAACUGAGGGCCAGUUAGCUCUCAAGGUAGCAAGAAGAGAGACAUCUCAUGAGAACCAUGUCAACUUGGAUGUAAGCAGUAACACUUUGAGUGAUGGCAGCAGGAGAGGCAGCGUGGCCCACAAGGAGCAGCAGGGCGGAGGGCGGGCUCCCCGGGCAGAGCAGCGCAGGAUGGAGGUGGAGAGGAAGAGGGCCGAGAGGGAAGAGCAGAGGAAGAGGCAGUAUGAGAAGGAGGAGACGGAGGAGCGCUUUAAGCAGGAGUUACAGAAGGAGCAAGAGCAGCGUACUGAGGAAAUCAAGCUGCAGAAACAGCGGGAGCAGGAGGAGCACCAACAGCGGGAGGAGCGGGAGAAGGAGCAUGUGAGGCGCCAGCAGGCAGAGAGAGAAAAGGAGAAAAGGAGACAGGAAGAGAAGAAACGACAAAUGGAGCGCUUCCUGAAGAUUAAGCAGGCGGAGGAAGAGCGCAGAGCAGCGGAGUUAGAGUGCCUCCGUGUGGAGGAAGAGGAGCGCUUGGAGGAAGAAAGGAGGAUGCUGCAGGGGAUGGAGGAGGACGAGAGGCAGGCAUACCUGCUACAACGUCAAAAGGAGGAGGAGCAAAGGAGGAGGGAGGCUGAAGAGAGGAAGAGGAAGGAAGGGGAGGCAGCUGUCACCAGACAGGAGGCAAUGUUGCAGCUUGCCAGGCAGAGGGCAGCCCUGGAGCAGCGGCUGAAGUUUCGGCGGGCCCUGCGAGAGGAGGCAGAGGCUCUGGAGCUGGCGCAGAGCGUGUCGCGCCCCUGGGUCUAUUCCUACUACAGCCUUUUAAAGAUCCUGGGGGUCCAGGACCUCCCUACAGCCCCGGAAGACCCAGCCGACGACUCUCACUGAAGAGCAGAGCGUGAAUCCUGUACCUGUGCUGGACAACACAGGGGACAUCUGGGAGAGGUACUCUGGUUGGGCUUAUGGAUUUUAUUUGUGCAUACCCCUACUAUGAGAAAUUUUGUACUGCCCUGCAAGGCUGCCAGCCAGUUGGCACUGACGUGGCCAGGAUUAAAUAUCUGAAUCAGCAGUGCAGGGCACAGCACUCAACAAUCCAUGGCUGAAGAUCUUGGACGAUGAGGAUGUCACCGAAUUAAUUCACCUUCUGCACAUUAAUACAGGGCCAUGUUGCACUGUGCACAACUUAUUAUUAGCAGGUACAUGUUAUACAAAUUCUGCACUAUUCUGCACACCAAGUACAGUUGCAUGCAAACGUUUUGGCACCCCAGGUCAAAGUGUGUUUCAAUGAAUCGCUAAGUGAACAGAAUCUGACCUGAAUUCUGUAUGGUACAGAUUUAAACAUGACAUGACAUGACCACAUUUGAAUGCAUGAUAGCUAUUGCUAUUUAUUUGCACUGAUCACAGAUUCAAAACAACAAUUAAAGUGAACAUGGCACAGGCACAUGUGUGGGCACCCUGUCAGUUAGUACUUAAUUACAUCUCCUUUGGCAGAUUUCCUGUACAUUUUUGGUAGCCAGUAAGUCUUUCUGUCCUUUCUUUUGGAAUUCCUCCUUGCAGAACUCUUCUAACUGAGAAGUAGCCUCCUUGUAUGCACUGCAUGUUUGAGAUCUCCCCACAGAUUUUCCAUUCGUCUGAGGACUGUCAUGGUUAUUUCAGAACAUUCAUCUUUAUUUCCUGUUAAAGACUUCAGGGUUGAUUUUGAGGUAUGUGCAGGAUCAUUGUCUUGCUGAAAGACCCAAGUCUGAGUUCCAAACAGUAUUCAUGACUCCGAUUCUGACACCAAACCACAGCGAGGCUCUGUGUGCGGCCAAAAAACUAAUUUUUGGUCUUAUUUGACCAUAAAAUUCACUUCCAAUGGCUGUACUUUAGGUGUUGUGGUCUGUAAUUACAUAAUUUCUUUAGAACAGGCAGCUUUCUUAAAAUGGUCAGUAUCCUUAAACCAGCCAAUGCAGUCUUACAAUCGCAUGCAGUAGACAUUGCCUCUGCUGGUGAGAUAGUCAGUUCCUCCUUGCAGGCUUUAAAAUAUAUGUGGGAGGAUGUGUCAGUCAUGGUGGGAUGUGAGUACGUCAGUGAUGAUGAGUGAGCUGCUCCAAAGCGAAGGAGAACAUUAAUCACACAGUUUACCUAAGAGAAAGCUUUGUGCUCUCAUCUGUAGGUCAUAACGAUGCUAGCCCUACUGCUUUUACACUCAAGAGAUCCAUUCUUGAAGUUCUGGACAAAGCCACAGUAGAGAUGGAAAGCCAAUUUUCUUAAAGAAUGCUUCCACAGUCUCACUCUUUUCUUGAUCAUACCCUGUUGAGACACUUCUUCUGGCUUGUGUGAAACUGAGAGCUUGAUUAAUGAAAUUCAUGUGGCCAAACCUGCUUCAUGGGCAAUUCCGCAAUGCUGUUGACCUCUCCUGUAUAAGUAAGCAGGUCAGAUCUUAUUAAGAUGCAUUUCUGGCACUUCAUACUAUACGCGACUGCUUUGGUUAUUGGGUUGUCCCCAGCAUUAUACGAAAGCUCCUUCUCUACACUGACCUAAAUCCUAACCCCUUCCAUCGGGAACCAUGCUACCAGAAAAAGGAACCUUGUCAUUCCAGAGAAUGAUCAUUUAUCACCAAAAGUCUCAACAUGUUUGAAUUUGUCAGGGGUUUUGUCAAAAAAUAAAUGAGACUGAUUCUGUCAGCAUGAUAUUUUGCAGGCCAGAACUUUAUUGUAUUUUGCAGAAUUUGUUGUUGUACAGCACUGUGGCAGGCUGCAGCCACACCUAUUCAUUGAGUGGGCACACAACUGGGUUGCACUGGCAAAUGUGGAAUUAACUUGUUCUCUCUCUAUCGUAUCGGCAAAUAAAACUAUGGUGAAAACUGGAA